AUGACGCGCCUGCUGCGGGUUAUGACAAGAACCCAGAGCCCAGCCAUCGACUAUCGGUCGUUGAGGUCGUUGUCCAACUCAUCGCGCUUGGAUGCCGUUAAAACCAUCAACGAUCUUUCACGACGGCUCAGCAGUACAUCCCUCAAGUCCAAGUCUAGCUCGGGCUCGAGCAAGAAGAGCAACCGCCACACAAGAAUUCACCCACCAAACAAAGAGGUAAGGCCGAAGCAUGGGAGGUCUACCAAGGGCAAAGUCAACCGACCGGAGGAGCUUGAGGUACGAGAACCGCUGCCUGCUCUGAUUGCGAGCACAAUUGUUGUUCCUCAAAACAGCCCGGACAAGCGCGUCUCAUCGGCCACCAUGUCGUCAGGAAGCACGAAACUGGGUGAGGUUCGCCCUAGGAAGCUACAUCGAAGGCAGUCAGACAACUCGGCCGUCUCAGACGUGUACACCAUGCUGCCAACGUAUCCCCUGAGGCCGUACCAUUCCGAGACCAAACAAAAGAGGUUGUGGGGAUUGUUUGGAAGGGGGUGA